GAGCCGCGGCGGGAGCUGCAAGUCUCUCAGCUCCGAAGAGUAAAACGAUGUCAGACGACGGCGCGGAUUUCAGAAGUAAAGGUCAUGGGGGGCCUAGUGGAUCAAGUGGACCCGAAGGGAUGGAACCUGAAGGCAUCAUUGAAAGCAACUGGAACGAGAUUGUCGACAACUUUGAUGACAUGAGCCUUCGUGAGAACCUCCUGCGUGGGAUCUAUGCUUAUGGUUUUGAGAAGCCGUCUGCUAUCCAGCAGCGGGCCAUUCUUCCCUGCAUCAAGGGCUUUGAUGUCAUUGCCCAAGCCCAGUCUGGUACAGGCAAGACUGCCACGUUUGCCAUCUCUAUUCUGCAGCAGCUGGAGAUGGAUAUGCAGGAGACCCAGGCCUUGGUUCUUGCUCCCACCAGAGAGCUGGCUCAGCAGAUUCAGAAGGUAAUCUUGGCUUUGGGAGACUACAUGGGAGGCACUUGCCAUGCCUGCAUUGGUGGCACCAGCAUCCGACAGGAACUCCAGAAGCUGCACUCGUCUGCUCCCCACAUUGUGGUCGGAACUCCAGGGCGUGUGUUUGACAUGAUGAACCGCAAGUAUCUCUCUCCGCGGUACAUCAAAAUAUUUGUUCUGGACGAAGCCGAUGAGAUGUUGAGCCGAGGGUUCAAGGAUCAGAUUUAUGAGAUAUUCCAGAAAUUGAACUCCACCAUCCAGGUGGUUUUGCUGUCUGCUACGAUGCCGGUCGAUGUGCUGGAAGUGACUAAGAAGUUCAUGCGUGAACCCAUUCGUAUUCUUGUGAAGAAAGAGGAGUUGACCCUGGAGGGUAUCCGUCAAUUCUACAUCAAUGUAGAGAGAGAGGAGUGGAAGCUGGACACUCUGUGUGAUCUGUAUGAGACUCUCACCAUCACACAGGCUGUCAUCUUCAUCAACACCAGGAGAAAGGUGGAUUGGCUGACUGAGAAAAUGCACGCCCGGGAUUUCACUGUGUCUGCUCUGCACGGUGACAUGGAUCAGAAGGAGCGAGAUCUUAUUAUGAGGGAAUUCCGAUCAGGAUCCAGUCGUGUUCUGAUCACUACUGACUUGCUGGCCCGUGGGAUUGACGUGCAGCAGGUUUCUCUGGUUAUCAACUAUGAUUUGCCUACAAACCGUGAGAACUAUAUUCACCGAAUUGGUCGCGGAGGUCGCUUUGGACGCAAAGGUGUUGCCAUUAACUUAAUCACCGAGGAAGACAAGCGAAUUCUUCGCGACAUCGAGUCUUUCUACAACACUACUGUGGACGAGAUGCCGAUGAACGUGGCCGACCUGAUCUAAUUCCGUUUGCGAACUUUUCGAAGGUUAUGCUGUGAUUGCUGACUUAUUUUUGCGGUCGCAGGUUUUUUUUAAAAAGCAAAACAAAAAAAACAAAACUAGAAUUCGGUGUUGGGUAUCGGCUGGAUGCUCCGAACCGAUCGUGUUGACGACAGCAGCCUCUGUGGUCAGCUUGCUCUUCAAAGCAUUCCUCGGCCUUCCCUCCGGGGGGGUGCCGGACUGGUAUCGUGGGGGUGGGGCGGGGGGAAAAAGAAGUACUUAUGGGGUCAUUAAAGUUUCUGGGUGCCAACUUUUUCACACCCAGCCCUCUUUUAGGAUUAGUCUCGUUAGAUAUUCUUUAUCAUGUAACCAUGUAUUUGCGGACUAGGAAGUAUCGACGUUGUUUGAAGUCUGCUAACUACGUUAAGCCGACCUACUUCAGGAUCAUGUUCUGGGGGGUGGUGGGGGGGGGGGGGGGAGAUUAUUCAGAGUGUGGAGUGUUGUGCGGUAAUUCUUGGGAUGUGUGUGCUGAUCAUGGGUGGGGGGGGGGUGGCGAAAGUGUACAAAUCUUGCAUUGUCUGUAUAGUAUUUAUUAAAUGCUGUUCAAUAAAUUUGUAUUUGUUUACCCGCACUGUCCUGGAAAUCUCUUCGGCCGUUCCAGGGUGGACUUGUUCAGAUCCGAAAACCUUUUUAUUGUCCUUUUUUUUUUUUGUGUGCGUGUGUGUGCGCGUGGCUCGCGCGCACCCCCACCCCCCCCCCACCCCACCCCACCCCGGGUGCAGCGGCGAGCUACGCAGCGAUUGGUGUGUUCGCAGCCUUUUUGUUUUGUUUUGUCCGGCCCUCCCGUCGCAAAAACAGCGGGAGCGGAGCGUCCGUGGGUAGAGGUUGACCGCGAGACGUUGCAUUCGAUUUGGCUUUGCCUUCUGUGGUGCUUUCUCUGUGCGAGAUUGCAAUCCCCGGUCGGUCGGUUGGUUGGUUUAUUCAGCCGGGGGUUUGGUGCAUUUAAGACAUGACCACCUACCCCCACCCCACCCCACCCCCUCCUCCUCCUCGGGUUGGGGUGGGGGGGGGGGUCCAGGGAUUGCAAUUAAUUAACAUGGAUUCCUAUGAGACAUAACUUGAGUUGUACAUAGUUGCUGGUUAAGGUGCAGAGGAUGCGAGCGUUGGGGAGACUCCCAGGGGGUGUGCGUGCGUGCGGGUGUGUGUGUGUGUGUGUGUAUGUGUGUCCUAAGAUGUCUACAGCUCCUGACUCGCCCGUCUUUGAACGGACGAGAACCGUUUCUUUUCCGUUCGGGUCGGGCCGUUCUGAAUACGAGGAUGUUUUUUUGUGUGGGGGGGGGUGGUGGGGUGGGGGUGACCGUGGGGCUUGAUUCUCGCCUGUCGAUUAUACUUCCCUAUUCCGUUAAAGCAUGAAUAAAAUAACCCCGAGUGUUUUCAGCGGAAGUCUUGUACGUUUCUCGCGGGGUGGUGUCCUGCCAUGUAUUUUUUAAAUAUAAUAAUAAAAAGAAACAAAUGCACCCGGA